CUCAGAUCUGCAGAUAAUCCAAAAUACCCUUCCCUGACUUAGUUCAGUAUCAAAAGUAAGAACUCAUAGCCACAGCUCUUCUUCCUAACUGGAAGGUUUUAGAGAGUCCCUCAAAAAAGGGAGAGAAAGUGGCCAAGAGAAUAAAGAAAGGAGGCAGGCAGAAACAAGCAAGAAUUAACAGAGUAACACAGAGGGAAAGAGAAAACCCAAGAAUCUGAAGGGCAGAGAAGCAGGACAGACCCAGAGGAGGACAGAAAGACGUAGAGUGUGAAGCAGACAGGAUUAAACACACAGCAAGGAAUCUGUCCCUUCUCUUACUCAGUGGAUGGAUUAAGAUGAACCAAAGCUAGGAAGAAGAAGCAGACCCUGAGCUACUUGAGACAGCAAGAUGCCACAGAAUCACCCCAUGGGAAUGCACAGAUCAGUUGUGAUCUGCUUUGCUUUAGGGUGUUUCUUAUGGUUCCCUCCAGUGAGAGGUGAGGAAGGUUGUGUGAAUGCUGAACUCUGUUCAGGCACUGAAUGGGUCCGUCUGUGGUAUAUCUGGCUAGUGGUUGUGAUUGGCGGGUUGCUGCUCCUCUGCGGACUGGUUUCAGCCUGUGUGAGAUGUUGUUUUCAUCUCCAUCAGACAAGGGAGGAAUCAGGUCUUCAACCCUAUGAAGUCACAGUCAUUGCUUUUGACCAUGACAGCACCCUCCAGAGCACCAUUACCUCUCUCCAUUCUGUGUUUGGGCCUGCGGCCAGGAGGAUAUUAGCAGUGGCACACUCCCAUAAUGCUGUGCAGGGAACACCACCCCUCUCUGGAUCAGACACACCUCCAGUCUAUGAAGAAGCUCUGCACAUGAGCAGAUUCACAGUUGCCAAGACCAGGCAGAAAGUGCCAGAUCUGGAUUCAGUGCCAGAAGAAAAACUGCAGACAUCCACUGAGGGCAACCAUUCCCAACCAGCCCUCCCAGAAUGCUAGUGCUAGCUGUUACAGAAGAGCAAAUAACGCAGAAUAGUUAUGUUCAGAGAAUUCUUCUGGGCAGGUUUAGGAAUAUCAGAUUGACCUCUUCAGUCUAAUGAGAAAGGAAAAAAGAGACUAAAAUUCCAAAUAGUUUCAGAUCCAGCACAUUCUGAUGGCUCCUCCUGACACCUCCUUGAGAUAUCUACCAUUGGCAAUCUCCAUGUCCAUUUAUUAUACAUACCUCUUGUACCACAGUUUUCACAUACAGCCAGGCAGCAAGAUCAUGGUGCUGUCCCACUUUGCAGCCUGGUGCUGGAGACCCGCAGGGAGACUGCAGGUGCAGACUCAUUCUGCUUGCAAGACUUAGAAUCUCCAGCCUAAGUUUCAUGCAGAUGGCAGAGGGGUUUUCAUUCCGUAGGAACCAAUAGGAAAGACAGAAACAUGUGAGAAGGUCUUAACAGCCAGUAAUAACAUCGAACUCCUGGAAAAUGCCAACUCUUUGUAGUAAAUUUAAACCUUGAAGCUGUGUAGGAACACCAUCUGCAUUUAAACAAAAGACAGCAUACAGUGGUAGUAUGUGCAGUAUAGUCCCCUAAAUGCUCUCUAAGAUAUAUAAAAUGAAUACAGGCUGGUUCUGAACAGCAUAUACCUCAAUUCUGAAAUAGCAAUCACAAGCUUUUAUAUUUGAAUUAAAAAAAUACAAGGUGAGUGAUAACAGAUCAGACAAGAGAAGAACCAGAAAAACUACCACUGAAAUAAAGCUCAAUCUUAUUUUA